AUGGUAAUACAAUGCGUCGUUUUUAAAUGUUCUAACAGACAAGGAAGUAAAACCAAAGAGAAAGGUGUGAGUUUUUUUCUCUUCCCUAAAGACAGGAAAAAGAGAGCAGCUUGGAUUAGGGCCAUCAAUAGAGAUAACUGGUCUCCAAAUGAGUACAGCAGGGUUUGUUCCGAACAUUUUGUGGAAUCAUGGCACAGUGACGACCCUGCAGAUGAGAACUAUCGUCCAACCUUAUUUAAAUAUAAAAUAAAGCCAAAGUCGAAGUCGGAGACUGCCCGCAAUGUCAGACAUAGCAAAAGAAAUUUACUUCAGGAGUUAAAUGAGCAAGAGGAAAGAGAAACACAGACUCUACAGCAGCAUCUCAGGUUUAGCUUGUUUUCUCACAGCUAUUGUCACCAAGGAACAACAAAUGAAGAUAUCCCACCUUUUACAGACAGCUCUUGCAUAGAUUUACCUGUAGAUGAUGUUAACAUCAAGAUUUUCAAAGAGAAAGGUAUGCAGUGUGACACUGACCCUUUGAUGGCAGAAAAUGACUCAUUAAAUAAACAGGUGAAAGACCUCCAAAUAGAAGUGAAGAAACAUAAAUGGAGUUUCCAGAAAAUUACAGAUGAUGAUUCUUACAAAAAGGUUCAUCCUAACCUGUACAAAAAACCAUAA